CUUAUUGCACAAUAAAUAGGUUUCUAUUUAUUUUUUUAUUAAAUGAGUUUUUCACACGAUUACAAAACGCUAAGCGUGAAUGCGGCUAUGGGGUGACAGAGGGCGGCAUAUGAAGCAGUCCGUCUGAUAUUAUAAAGACUCAUGGGACUUUAUAAUAUCCAAUAAUAUUCUCUCAUCCUUUAUUUCACUAAGAAAAAACUUCACACUAAUCUUGUUCCUGGCCAGAGUCCCCGAUUGGAGAAAGGAUGAUUUUUAACACAUUUUACGACACAAGGCUGGCCCUUUGUUGGGAGGAAUAAUGAAUAAAGAAUGUAAAACCUCAGAUGUCUUUAUAUAGAACCAGCUGGGAAAAUCGUUCUUCGGUAAUUGUAACUUCUACUAUAAAAUUCUACUUGUACAAGGAAGCCCACCACAAAUAUUCUGUCUUUUCGGGCUCGCAAAGUGCAGCGUUACAACUUGGUGGUCAGCAAAUUACAGCCUGUCAAUAGGCGGGGACAUUGGUGUCUAUUUUCGCCUGCCUUGUGUGCGAUCCUGCUCUUUCAUAGCGAAAAAGCGUUUUAUUUUUGGCAGAAAAUGACAGGAGUAUUUAAACGUUAUGAGAAGGAGCCGGGCGCUGACAUUCUGGUGGGUCGUGUGAGCUAGAAGGGGAACGGAGAUUCAGUUGAAUUUUUUUAUACAUUGGAUUCUUUGGGAAUUAAUAUCAGCGGACAACAUGUCGAUCGCGCACAGAGCAGCGGAGUAUAUGCUAUCGGAUGCGUUACUGCCCGACCAACCACCCAACAAGAAAGCCCUGCGAUUGGAGUUGCCUCUGGACCGUAUUAUAAAGUUGGUGACGGUCGGUCUGCCGCUGUUGCUCGUUUCUUUAACAUUUGCCCGGGAAAUGUCUUCAGGUUCACAAGUAAUCUGCUUCCCUCCAAAUAACUUCUCAUUGAAGCAAACGCAGUUUGUAGAUAAGCACUGUUGGCAGUCCCUGACGCACCACGACUUCACCGCCGGCGGGCAGCACAUUGUCUCCUCCCUGUGGAUCCACAAGGUUUUCCCAUUCACACUGACAGUUGUGGCUAUCGCCAUGUACAUUCCGGUCGUACUUUGGAAGUAUAUCUCCAGGUCUGCGCUGUACACUGAUCUCCUCUUCAUUAUCGACGAACUGGACAAAUCCUACAAUCGAUCCAUCAAGCUGGUCCAACACUUGGUGAAGACCCACAGGAGCUGUCCUGAUCCCCAGCUGUUCUGGGAGGAGCUGAAAAGUGCCCGCCAUGUGCGCUACUUUGAAUAUCCCCUGUUGGAACGUUACCUGAGCAGCAAACAGCGUUCCCACUUCAUCGCAUUCACCUAUCUCUUCCGGAACAUUCUCUUGCUUCUUUUCAUUGUCAUUACCUGUUUCUACCUGGGCUUCUUCCACCUCAGCGUCUUCUAUCAAGAAGAGUUCAACUGCCAUAUCAAACCGGACUUUCUUGCAUCUGACACUUCCUCCUCCAUCUUUGUCAGAUGUAAACUGAUAUCACUGACCAUCUUCCAGCUAAUCAGCGUGGUCAAUGCCGCUGUCUACAUCCUCUUGGUUCCGGUGAUAUUGUACAAUUUGACUAAGCUCUUCCACUGGGACAAACAAUUCCUGAAUGUCUAUGAAAUGCUCCCAGCUUUCGAUCUCUUGAGCAAGAAGAUGUUGGGUUGCCCUGUUAAUGACCUAAAUAUUAUUAUUCAGUUCCUUCGGGCCAAUAUAUGCGAGCUUAAAUCAUUCAGUCGCCUCAGUGUUCUCUGCUCACUCAAGGACAUGUCCAGGAACCGGGAGAACAUUGACACAGUGGUGGACUUCAUGACGUUGCUGGUGGGAAUGGAAGAGGACAGUGAAACCUUCCUUACCUCAGGGUAUGAUGGGAUCAUAACAAGCAACGAACUUCAGCCACCAUCAAAAGUGGAAAACAUCGAAAUGUCAAGUAUAGUGAGCAGAAACUAAUCUAUGGAAGAAAGAUCAGCGUCUUUAUGUUCUAUAUGUUUUUUAAAGUGUUUUUUUUUUUUUUUGUAGAACAAUGUGUGUUUAUUUAAAGUAGAAUUAUAGAUAAAGCAUAUCAAUGUCAUGCAGCAACACAAGAUAAUGUGGAUCAGUGUCUUUGUUCCUUUAAAAUGUACUGUAAAGUCGCACAAUCUACCUUUUUCUUUUAUUUCCUUUGGAGUGGUGAAAACAGAUCUGCAUCCUCCCUGAAUACCUUGUUGCCAAAGGUUUCAUGAACCACAGCCGGAGGAGGCAGCCAUGUAAUGUUGGGUUGUGUGAUAUACUGUAGCAAAUAUGCACAUUAAUUACCUAUUCUUCAACUCUGCCGACAUUCCCUGGAGCCCUUCUGCAUAGAAAUAGCGCUAUGAAUGUUGGAAGAUAUAGUUUGUAGACCUGUCUCUGGGGGCAGAAGCUUUGCAAAAAAGUAUGAAGGUGAUCAAGCUUUAGGGCAUCUUAUUUGUUUUAUAAGUGCAGAAUUAUAAGCUGUUGCAUAUGUAAUGUGCAAUAGAGACAGAUACCUCACUUGUACUUUAAAGUGAUUCUAAAAGACAACACAUGACCUACAAUGACACACAAAGAAUGGACUUGUCUUUUUUCAACCUCACCUACUAUGUUAUAUUUAAAAAAUAAAAAUGUUACAGACCUA